CCGCCAUCAACAAGGAGGUCUCAGAGGUCGUCUGCCUUGUGUCUUGUCAGGAGUCACUCGCUUGAAGAGAAAAAAGGACAGGCCUCACCCUAAACGGGGGCAGUAAAGGAGGAAGUUUCUUCCUUGGAGUUUGAUAAAUGGGAUGCUUAGUGCAGCCGGGUGGUCAAGCUUGAGCUUUGGUUUGUCGAAAAUGUCAGGGAGCCUCGCCAUUUCAAAUACUACACAAUAAUAAGGUCAACCCCUCAAACUUUGAAGUGAUGGUAAUGGCUGUUUUGGUCAUAAACACACGGCUCUGCUUUCCUCUAGUGGGGAAGAAAAAGCUUCCAGUCUGUAAUUGAGCCCAAAAUGACAAACACUCUGUCACCAUUACAGUGCCAAAGAUAAAAAAAAAACAAACAACACAUUUCACACUGCGGCUAUUAUUCCCCUCCUCAUUACGGGUUUCAUCCAUCCGUUCACAUUAACAAAAAAGCGGGACCAUGGUAUCAUGUUUGCUGCUUAAUGUAUAACCAAAUUUCCUCUCUCAUCACAACGUGGACUCGCCUCCUUCCCUGUGAAAACAUCAUGAGAGUCGUUUGGUCACAAGGGGCAGCGUCUUGCCUGCAUUAGGAGACAGACAGACAGUCUCCCCACACUAUUUAAAAGCCCUAUUGCACUGGUGAGGAGAACACCCUGACUGCUCGGCUCGACGGCGGCAUCACACAGAUACAGAUCACCCAAGGACACCUGGGACUGACUCAAACAAGCUGCCCCCAGCUGUGAAGAAGAUAAUUGCUUUCUUCAACAGAAGGGCUUCAACCUCUAAACACUCGGCGGAUCUGAAUGCCCUUCCGGAUCCGUGCCGUCAACCUUCAUGUGGGCGCCCAGGGUUUGUCUCCAGUGAGUUGAGUGAUGAACUUCAGCAGGGAGGUGACCCGACAGACCAGUUGUUAUACGUAUGUGAUAGAGGAUGAGGACCCAGCCCUGGCUAGCCUUAAUGUAUUCGAGCUGGCUGAGAGGGGUGACCUGGCUCUCCUGGAGAACCUGGUGAAGAAGAGCCCAGAGGUCCUGAGUGAGAGAGAUGAAUGUGGAGCCAGUCCCCUUCAUCACGCCGCUGCAGGAGGCUACAUCACCGUUAUUCAAUUUAUCACCACUGUCAAAGACCCGCAGGGGCUGAACUGCUGUGAUGAGCAGGGCAAUGCGCCCCUGCACUGGGCGGUGGAGAGCAACAAGGAAGAGAGCUGCAGGACUCUUCUGGACCUGGGGGCCGACCCCAACCUACUCAACACUGCCCUCAUGUCCCCGCUGCACCUGGCUGUCAGCCUCGGGCACAACAACCUGGUGGAGCUGCUGCUGUCCUACAGCACCACGGACGCCAAUCUUCAGGGAGACCUUGGGAACACCCCGGUGAUUCUGGCCUGCUCCAUCAAUAACUUCGAGGCUCUCAGCAUAUUGAUAAAGCACGGAGCGCGUCUAUGCAAACAGAACAGGCUCGGCCAUUUCCCCAUCCACGCAGCUGCCUUCGCAGGUGCUAAGAAAGCCAUGGAGGUGAUCCUGAAGAACGGGGAGGAGAUUGGCCACCAAAUUGAGCAGCACAUCAACUAUUUAGACAAGUCCAGGAGCAGUCCCCUCCAUCUGGCUGUGCGCGGCGGGAACAUCGAGGCCAUCCGUUUCUGCAUCGCAAAUGGGGCCAGAAUUGAUCAGCAACAGAACGACAAGUCCACGCCGCUUCAUUUGGCCUGCACCCAGGGCGCCACUGAGGUAGUCAAGCUGAUGCUGUCCUCCUUUGGCCAAGUGGGAGACAUCAUCAACCUAACCGAUGGAGCGAAUCAGACCCCUCUGCACAGGGCUACAAUAUUUGACCACACAGAGCUGGCGGAGUACCUAAUUUCUUUGGGCGCAGAUCUCAACUGCAUUGAUUGUAAAGGAAACUCUCCCUUGCUGCUGGCCACGAGCUGUGGAGCGUGGAGAACCGUGACUCUGCUGCUGUCCAAAGGGGCAAAUGUAAACGUGAGAGACAGGUGCGGCUGCAACUUCCUUCACCUGGCCAUCUUACAGCCCAAGGGUCUGAAAAACAUCGCGGAGGAAGUCCUGCAGCAUAACAGCGUGAAGGCUCUGCUGAGCUGUGAGGAUAAUGAGGGCUGCACCCCACUCCACUAUGCUUGCAGACUGGGUAUCCAUGACUCAGUGAAGAACAUGCUGGGCCUCUCGGGGCAGGUCGGCCUUGCAUGCAAGUCCAAGGACAAGAAGUCUGCCCUGCACUUUGCCGCCCAGUAUGGGCGCAUCAAUACAUGUCAGCGGUUAUUGGAGACCAUUACAGACUCCCGUUUGCUGAAUGAAGGCGAUGAGCGGGGCCUGACACCACUCCAUUUGGCUUCAAAAGAGGGGCACACCAAAGUUGUGCAGCUGUUGUUGCGCAAAGGAGCUCUGUUUCACUGUGACUACAAGGGCUGGUCCUGUCUGCACCACGCUGCAUCUGAAGGAUACACACAAACUAUGGACAUUCUCCUGUCAGCAAAUCCCAAGUUACUGGAUAAAACAGACGAGGAUGGGAACAGUGCGCUCCAUGUCGCAGCGAGGGAGGGACAUACAGCUGCAGUCAAGCUCCUGAUGAAUCGGGGAGCAGAGCUCACCUUAAACAAGAGUGACACAUCGUUCCUCCAUGAGGCUCUGCAGAAUGGGAGAAAAGAUGUGGUCAACGCUGUAAUUGACAGUGACAGAUGUGCUGAAGCUUUGAGCCUGUUCAUACCCGGCUCCGGUCAGCGGUGCCCCAUAAUGGACAUGAUUGAGUAUCUUCCAGAGACCUAUAAGCACCUUUUGGACAGCUGUGUGAUGGAAUCUGAUGACGAUUACAACAGCGCUGACUACCAUAUUGAAUACAAUUUCAGGUGGCUCCAAGCUCCCAUCCCAACGAACAAGGCGACAUACAAAACCAUGAAAGUUCGGCCACUGGCUGCGCUCAACGCGAUGGUGUAUUACAACCGCAUUGAACUCCUCAACCACCCCGUCUGCAAGAAGUACCUGGCAAUGAAGUGGGUGGCUUAUGGGAGCAAGGCACAUUUGCUGAACAUGUUUCUGUACCUGUUAGGCCUGCUGCCCCUCACUUACCUGAUAGUGACUAUGAAGCCCACAAUGAACAUCACUGAGGCAGGCGAACACAACAUCACUAUGGUGCCUGUAUCUUUCCCAGAGCAAUCUCUGCUCAGAUCCGUCUGCAUGGUGAUGGUCGUGGUCAUGAACAUCUACGCCAUAGGGAAGGAAGUGGUGCAGAUAUCGCAACAGCGCUGGAAUUACUUCAAGGACUAUACCAACCAGAGUGACUGGUCCUCAGCCAUCCUGUCUCUUCUGUUCGUCAUUCCCCUCAUGAUCAAUGCAGAGGGUUCUUUACACUGGCAAGCAGGGGCCAUAGCAGUUUUACAGAGCUGGGUUGGAUUCCUCUUUUAUCUCCAGAGGUUUGAGGGUAUUGGCAUCUACGUUGUGAUGUUCUGGGAGAUCAUGAACACGCUGGUCCGUAUCGUGAUGCUGUUCAUCUUCCUGAUGUUAGCAUUCAGUCUGGCCUUCUAUGCUCUGAUGCUCAACCAGGAAGAGUUUAAAACCGUGCCACUCUCAAUCAUGCAAACCUUUGUGAUGAUGGUCGGGGAACUGAACUACCAAAAUAACUUCCUGGAUGCUUAUCUGAAGCAGGAGCUGUCUUUUAGUGUCCUCACUUACUUGAUUUUUGCAAGCUUUGUCCUGUGCAUGCCAAUUCUGCUGGUGAACCUCAUGAUUGGUUUGGCCGUUGGAGACAUCGCUGAAGUACAGAGAAAUGCUUCCCUCAAGAGAAUAGCCAUGCAGAUUGACCUCCAUACUUCCCUGGAAGACAAGCUGCCUUAUUGGUUUGUGAGGCGCGUCGACAAGGACUCCAUCACCAUCUACCCCAAUCGCAAGUGCUCCAAGCAAUUUAUAAAGAAACUCAUCACGGGGGGUGCUGAGGAGACAGCUGAAGUCUGGAGUCGCCUGCAGGCCAAAUCAAAGAGGUGCACGGUGAUCGAGAACGAGCUCAGCAAACAGAAGUUCAGGAUGAAGGAGAUGGCGAGCUCGCUGGAGAAGCAGCACAGCCUCCUGAAGCUCAUCAUCCAGAAGAUGGAGAUCACCUCGGAGGCCGACGAGUACGACGGCCCCGUGAACGUCAGGAGCAGGAUGUGGCCGAACUUGACUCAGAGGAGCCACAGAGGACAGACCUUGUCGCGCUGGGUCCCGCUGAUGAAAGCCAUCGAGUCCAAGAGAAAAUGAAGAAGGCCGGUCCUAGCGAAUAAUAAGUGCAUUAUAAAAAGCCUGGGCAUAACUUGCAUUAUUAUGACUACUGCACAGUGUAAUUCAUUAUAUAAAGAUGUAGCACUUGUAUCCACUUAAAAAAAUACUUGAUAUUGUGGCAGUUGAUUGAAUGAGGUGCUCUUCAUUGAGCUGUUUUAACUAUUUUGUGUGGUUUAAUACUAAAUUAUGUUGCAGACUGGAUUGAAAUCUACGCUAUAAGUGGCAUUAUUGUAACAUGUGGGUUAAAUCGGUAACAUUUCUUGUCCAGUGAGUUACAUCAGUGACCCACUGAGAAUGUUGAACGUUAAAGUCAUUAUAGCACGUAUUGGACGCACACAGUAGCUGUAUGUGCAAUAUGCACUCAUUUAUCUCUCAAAUGUGAUGUGUCUCCUCUUCCUCUCUCUCACCCCAUCAUUAAACAUGUCUGCAGUUGGAAAGGAUAA